AUGAGUUCUCAAGAGCUGAAGAAAAAAGAAAAAGGGAAAGAAAUUGUGACUUUCGAAGAAAACCCUACCACUUCCGAAGUCUCCAUGUAUUUCAGUGAGCAGGGAAUAGCAGCUCUCCUAGAAGCUAAUAAGAAAAGUAAUGCUGACGAAGUUAGUAUGCAACAAAAGAAGAGUUCACCUUCAAAAAUCACGCCAUGCAUUUUCUAUACUUCAGAUGAAAAGGCCCGACUACGGUGGUCAAGCGACCUUCAUGAUUGCUUUGUCAAAGCCGUGGAUAAACUCGGUGGACCAGACAAGGCAACACCAAAAGCUGUCAAAGAUACGAUGGAAGUUGAAGGAAUUGCACUUCACCAUGUUAAGAGUCAUCUUCAGAAGUUUAGACUUGGAAGAUGUAACAUACGGGAUGAAACAGAUCACUAUAAUACACGUUAUAGAACUGGUCGACGUAUGGAUAAAGCAUAUGGUGCAUCAAAUUCACCUCGCCCACAAGUAAACAUAAGACCCAAAGUUAUGGGAGAUGUGAAGCCAAAGAAGGCAAAAGAAGACCAUGGAUCACUUUACAUGCUUAUAAAGCGCGAUCUAUAUUUACAAAGAUGUCGCGAGGCAGAAAGAAUGCAAAUGACUUUCGAAAUAGAAAAUAACCAUAAAAUGUUGGAGGCACAGCAUUUACAAGCAAGCAUGGCUCCAUCUAUAGCCAGUCAACACAUGAACCAUAUUUCAACAACCACUCUUACAACUCAACCGUCACCAUCACAAACAUUAGAUCAGUUGUUAACAGACCACUACUUCGGAAGACAGACAAGUGAUACACAACAACCAACUACUAUGAUUCCACAGACUACCACUUCUAUUGAAAUCUUUUGCAACAACAAUAUGGCGCUUUGUCUGCCCAAGUGUGAGUUACCACAGGAGACAAGUAUUACAUGUUCAAUGAACGAGCCACAACAUGUACAUACAUCAGUGAUACAUUCAACUCAAGGAAAGCCUCAAUUUAACAGCAGCCACAACUACAACAUGGAUCAAGGUUUCAUUCAUCCGUAUGUGACUACUGAGUCACAGUUGAUACCUGGCUCGUCCACUAUCACAACUAAGCCAGAACUUCAUCACAACGAUGAUUGUCUCAUUCACGACUCAUAUCGCAAGCCAAAUUUCUUACCACAAAUAGUUGAGUUGCUUCAUCAGGGUACUUCCAACAUCACAUUUCCAUUCUCGACGACGGCACCCGAACCAUUACAAACAUAUGUUCCAAGCCAUACUUAUAACUAUCCUGAAUACAAUACUCUUGAAAGGAUUAAGACCCAGCUCAGUGCAUUACAAAACUUAAGCACAAGGAGCAUUCAAGCAACGACUUCUCGUGAAAUCAACGUAUCAUCUUCUGUCACAAGGGAUGAUGAGGAAGAUCCAGUGGAUAUGUAUAUUGACUGGGGUUAA